AUGUGUAUUUUGUAUUCAUUCCAGUACCUGGCGUGCCACUCUGUGGACACUCCCCAAGGUCACUUCUCUGAAGUGGCUCGCGUCAAGUGCGUUCAGGCUCACGCUACAGAAAUGUACGCGUGUCCCAACCUCGGGAUCCCACCUGUGGUGGUGAUUCCGUGGCCCUCAUCUCAUUGUGACAGGUGCUGGACACCUGCCGACAAUUCUCUCCCGAAGAACCUCGCAGCCGUCGACUUGGACCGAUCGGAGCUUCGUGCUCUGGCCAAGCGAUACCUCGCGGCGUUCUUAGACCAUAGGAAGAAGCACGGGAAGGAUUCAAACUUCCAGCUCAACCGAGAGACUUUCGCCAGUCUCCAGGUCCAAUUCGUGGAAGAGGCGCAGAGCCUCUACCGCGCGUUGGAAAAUAAGAUCCGAUGGGACUCUCAACAAAACAGAUUUGAUCACUCGCUAGCCGAGAAACACCUCAUCAUCGACUUAAGAUGGGCCGUUCAAACUGUCAUCGUUGAGCAGAUCUUCGCGCGUCUUCCUCCCUCCACAUCUAGUACACCGUAUGAUAUAUUCUGCGGUUUGACUCAUGCCCAACAACAAGCCUUCUUCGCUCACGCAAUCAAGAACAAAGCCACGCACGAUGGCUAUGAGGAUAAUGGCCGCGAGCUGGUCACACCUCUAUGCGCUUGUCCUAAAAUGCCGCGAGACCAGUUAAACCGACUGACACUCGAGCAUGAUGCGAGAGCCACCCGGUUCGUAGCAACAUGCCAGUGGUGUUCGUCGACAAUCUUGUUCAUGGCAAUUAACAGAAAUGCUGACGGCCGACCAGCCACCGCGACGAACCACAACCAAAAGCCCUGGUGGCUGCUGAUGUUGCAAGGCGUAAGUGCCAUUGCACCAGUCGGUAGUAACGGCGAGCCACUCCCUGGAGGAGUGGUUCGCCGAACCACAGCUCGAGUGCAAAAGGGUGGCCGAGCGGCCAGCUCUCGAGUUGCGCAGGCCGGGCAGUCACUGCUCAAAAGCCUGACGAAUAAGAAGAAGUAA